AGUGCUGAAGGAGUUAUGCCCGAGCCGGCCAAGUCCGCGCCCGCGCCGAAGAAGGGCUCCAAGAAGGCGGUGACCAAGACGCAGAAGAAGGGUGACAAGAAGCGCAAGAAGAGCCGCAAGGAGAGCUACUCUAUCUAUGUGUACAAGGUGCUGAAGCAGGUGCACCCCGACACGGGCAUCUCGUCCAAGGCCAUGGGCAUCAUGAACUCCUUCGUCAACGACAUCUUCGAGCGCAUCGCCGGCGAGGCCUCUCGCCUGGCGCACUACAACAAGCGCUCCACCAUCACUUCGCGGGAGAUCCAGACGGCUGUGCGGCUCCUGCUGCCGGGGGAGCUGGCCAAGCACGCCCUGUCCGAGGGCACCAAGGCUGUCACCAAGUACACCAGCUCCAAGUAAGCUGCCUCUGUGCCCUCUGCCAGACCUCCUCGACCCAAAGGCUCUUUUAAGAGCCACCCACCUUUUCAGUAAAAGAGCUG